UAGCUAACUCCGUAGCUGUCAUAUCUGCUCUUACAGAAUCCUCAAUCCAAUCAGCUUGACAAUGAGUUUACCAGCUGCCCCUCCAAGCUAUGCUGAAGCCAUGGCAGGUGAUAAGGAACAAGGGGUCGGUGCCCCUCAUUACACGGCCUCCCCACCGCUGGCACCACCCCCAACAAUGCCCAUGCACCCCAGCUGGGCGUAUGUGCACCCGAGUCCCAGCCCUGGGUACACAAACCCUUAUGCGUCAGAUAUGUCCUCCCCCUUCUCUGAUCCAAGUACCAGCGGCAGCAUUGAUGGCCUGAGCGGAAGCAACUGGGAGGACAAGAAUAUUCGGCGGAUGUUUAUCCGUAAGGUGUUCUGCAUCCUUAUGGUACAGCUCAUGGUGACUUUUGGUGUUGUGGCACUUUUCACAUUCUGUGAGCCCGUUCGGCAGUUCAUUCAGUACAAUCGAAUCCUCUAUCUUGCUUCAUAUAUGACCUUCAUGGGGACGUACCUGGCGCUGGUGUGCAGCACGAGUGCACGACGAAAAUACCCUACCAAUCUGAUCCUCCUGGGAAUCUUUACUCUGGCAAUGUCCUACAUGGCGGGUAUGCUGGCCAGCUACCAUAACACCAAAGUAGUGAUGCUGUGUGUUGGCAUUACGGCAUUGGUCUGUCUAGCUGUCACUCUAUUCUGUUUCCAGUCUAAGGUUGAUUUUACUUCCUGUCAUGGUCUGCUGUUUUCACUAAUGAUGGUGCUGAUGAUCACUGGCCUGAUUCUAAUCUUCACUGCACCCUUUGGAUAUAUACCUUGGUUGCAGACUGCUUAUGCUGGAUUGGGUGCUUUGGUCUUCACACUAUUUUUAGCGUUUGACGUCCAGCUGUUGAUGGGGAAUUGUCGUUACUCUCUGAGUCCAGAGGAGCACGUGUUUGGGGCCCUCUGUCUCUACAUGGACGUCGUCUACAUUUUCUUCUUUCUCCUUCAGCUCUUUGGGAGCCGUGAGUGAACUGUGCUGACAGUUGCUCCUUACACCUGGCCUAGCUACAGACCCUCUCCGGCUGAACACGCGCACGUACACACACACACACACACACACACACACAUUCACAUUCACAUUCACACACCCUCCUCUUCCUCCUCUCAGACCUGACUAGGAAUAUGACCUUCCUCAUUUUCGCAGGAUAGCCUAGGCAGGCAGCGCGCUGAGCUCUGCUUCAUCAGCGACCUGUGAAGUCAUGGUUUCUCUGAGAGCGCUUUUAACAGCUCCAAGGCACAUAACACACAUGCACACGCACACGAGCAUGCGCUCAGUCAAGCCUACAGAUUCAUACAGGCCCUGAUCCACACAGCAGUGAACACACCUCAUUUUCUCUCUCCAGUGUAGAAAGACAAUCAGGGUCUAUGAGGAGGAGCCGUGAUUAAUUAAUGAUUCAUUAAAUGGAGGGAAUUAUGUGUGACGUUCUGUUCCAGACGAAUGGCCUCUGACUAGGAAUUGUAGGUGUUAGUGAAUAACUAAGGGCCAUUUAAAGUAACUUUUUUUUUUUAAUUUACACAAAGUGAAUAAAUGUUUGAUGUGUGUGAACGUGAGUUACUAAGAAGUGUGGCAGCAAUAUUUUGCUUGGAAGUGUUAAAAGUGCUCAUUAAAGUCUCGUUUUUGAAUUUUAAGAAAUGGACUUUAAGUCACUCGGCCUUUUCAGCCCACGCUGGUGCAGUCGUAUUUCAGUAACAGACUAGAGUUCCGUCAGAUCACUUUAUGAACAUGCAUGGUAGUCCUGAGCUUUACUCAGAAAUAUAAUCCAGUGAUUUUUUUUUUUUUUGGCAAAUUUGUCCAAAGGGAAGAUUUUCUGAAAACUUUAGCCGUUCCUUUUGUUGUCAAGUGUGACGUCUUGAGCUGAGCCAGUAAAGUCCAACCGUUAGGCAAAAAAAAAAAAAAAGUGUUUUUUUUUUCUUUUUUCCCUUCCCUGCGUGCAAUAACCUGUCGUUGCCGGUGACCUGGGUGUAUUGUAACCCACCAGGGCUCUUGAGCAUUUUGCAUGCCUCGUCUUAAAGCUGGUUGAGAUGAACACAUCAGUGUUAUAAAGAAGCUUUUUUUUUUGUGUGUGUCCCCGUUACUAAAACACAGGUGAUUAUAUCCACGGCAGACUAUGUUCUGUACCAAGGUAGCCUCUCUCCGCUGUGUUCGUAAGGCUGAGUUCUGUGUGGUGGACCUUCAUAUUUUAAAACAGAUUGCCUGUUGGCAUUACUGCACUGCUGGUAAUGGUGCUGGUUGAGUUAUUUAGGGGUGAAAGUCUGAGACUUCGUUUAUUUUCUUAUGGGAGAACUGAGCAUCACGGGUUUGUUGCUUUUGAUAUAGGUCUAAUUCUUUCCAUAGAUGUGUACGGAAAAGACUUCAUAGCAGCAUUUCGUUGUUGACCAUUUCAGAUAAGUUAUUGAAGAAGAAAGCAUUUUAUUUAGGUGGUAUCACCCUUUUAAUUGUAAGGAGUUACAGAUGAUAUAUUAAAUCGUAUCUCUGUCCCUCACACUUACACAUGCUCACACACACACACACACCCUCCAGACAAACAUAUUGUAUGUUACUGAUGCUGUAAAAUCCUUUCCAUUUGAUUAUCUACCCAGGUAGUUCUACAUGUCUUUUAGCCAUUUCUGAUUUGGUCCUUUCCUGAAUUUCCUAACUCAGUUGUUUUAAUCUAAACAAGUAGAGAAUGUGAGGUGUGUCAUGAAGGACUGAUGACCUUAAGAACAUUCCUGUUUUAACAUGUCGAUUUUCUUAAACUUUAAUACAAAAGUGGGAAAAAAACCAACUUAAUUUUCUUAUAUUUUACUUUAAUCUUGUCUGUGAAAUUUUUUUUAGUUUAGAUUGAACAGCAGAGUAGCACAGGGCGUCUCAGCAUCACUGACUCGCAUGAGAAGGCUCUGUGAUAUAAUAUUUAUAAUUAAACCUUUUAAUUAUGUAUGUGCCAGCACAAUGGCAUAUAAUACUGACUGGUGUUGAACAGUGAUUAUUAAUCUUAUCUUGGUUUAUGUUUGAUUUGUUCUUCAUAACCAUGUAUGUAUUUACUUUGAAGGAACCCCAAAGUGGAAUAAUUUUAGAAUAUACAUGCAGGUUUAAGAGAGUUCUGGGUUUUUUUGUUUUUUUCUUUGAGAAUAAGGAGUCUUAUAAAAUGUCAAGAGACAGGCUUUUGUGUACUUUAUUCACAAUGUGUUCAUAUACAACGUGUGUGAGAAAAGAUAGUGUUUUGUGAACUCUUACUAUGCCUUCUUCCUCCUCCCAUUGUACACUAUGUUGAGUGUGUUUUAUCAAUGACUAGUGUGCAUGAUCUGUGGUGAACUGUGGUACAGAGACCAAUCCUUACAGUGUCGCUCACCAUUUACAGACCCAGGACAAAAGAUUUCUUUCUUUAAUCCCUGAAAACUGUAACCUAAUGGCAAGGUGGCCACUGAGGAUGUAAUGAGGUAUUGUGUAUUUUUUGUAACUUCAUCUAUUAAUUGGUUAAGAAA